AAAAAAGGCAGAGCCAAAAUCGUUUACGCAUGCGCAUACGGUCUGUUUUUAAACUUGAGGAGUGAGGCGGUAGACAUUAACAACAUUUGAAAUUAAUUGAGUUCAUUACUUUUGUCCACAAUAAAUCGUUUCUCCGAUGGAUUUAGACGGUGGGACGUACGAGCCGGGAUUUGUUGGCAUACGGUUUUGUCAAGAAUGUAACAACAUGUUGUAUCCUAAAGAAGACAAGGAGAACCGCAUCCUGCUGUAUGCUUGCAGGAACUGUGACUACCAACAAGAGGCAGACAACAGCUGUAUCUACGUCAAUAAAAUCACCCAUGAGGUUGAUGAACUCACACAAAUCAUCGCUGAUGUAUCUCAGGACCCAACACUGCCAAGAACAGAAGACCACCCCUGUCCUAAAUGUGGUCACAAGGAGGCAGUGUUCUUCCAGUCUCACAGUAUGAAGGCUGAGGAUGCUAUGCGACUGUACUACGUGUGCACGGCGCCUCACUGUGGACACCGGUGGACAGAGUGAAGCCUUCUGAUAAUAAAGAGGUCUAGCACUUGCUUCUAUGCUGUUGCUGUUUACAAGUCAGACUUGUACAGUAUCAAACUGGGUCUGUGUCUACAGUGAAUGCAUUUGGCUUUAUAAAUAGCAGCGUUGCUGACCCCUCUGUUAUUGUUGUAUGGACACUCAUAUCUGUCACCAUGUUGUGAAUAUAAUGUCAUCAGUUUUGCUGUUGUGCUUUUUUUAGCGCUUCUCAUAUUCAAAUGUGUAUUGUUAGAUUAAAACAUGUUUUCAAAUA